CAAUAGUAUCAGUAGUAGAGAUGUGAUCGAUAACAAAAGCUGUGUGCUCAUCUAGUCGGUUAUAUAAGCUUUAGAUUUGUUUUUAGAAUAUAUCGAACAUUAAAUAUAGUGUCAAGUAUAUUUUUAUAUGAUGAUAAACCUAAAGAAUCAAGAUAUCGUCGAAGAGGAUAAUCUAAGGUUUAGGAUAGAAGACAAUAUAUUGAUUGGCAAGGAAAUACCGAUUUACGAUCAAUACACAAACGUCGGAGCGUUGGUUUUGGAAAAGCUGCGUAGCAAACCGGAAUUUGUCGCUCAAGUGGAAGCGGUUACCGGCACAAAGACCACUUUCGCGGAAAUGACGGAGAAAAGCGUGAAAUGCGCGCUGUGGUUGAGAGAGCAGGCUGUUCAACCGGGCGACAUAAUCGGCAUUUGCACUCACAAUCACUUGGAAUCAUACGUACCGCUGCUGGCGGCACUUUACGUCGGCGCCAUUAGCAACCCAUGGGACAAUGAGCUCUCCCCAACGACCGCAAAUUUUUUUCUCUCGCUAACAAGACCGAAAAUAGUGUUUGCGAAUGUUGAAUCGAUCGAAUGUUUGGCACGGAUCGUCGAAGAGGACCACCUGGACACUAAGCUCGUAAUAUUCGGCGAGCUGGCGGGAUUUGAGAAUGCGUCUUUGACGAGCGUUUUACGUUCCCAAGAUAUGGCAAGGAUCGAUGAAUUCGAGUGUUCGAAGCUGACUAGUCCCGAUCAGAUUGCUACGAUCGUUUGCUCAUCCGGUACCAGUGGUUUUCCGAAGGGCGCCGAGAUCAGCCACGCAUCCAUGAUCAAUUACAUGACUCACGUCAAGAUCCAUGAUCUUAACGGGCACAUAUCCAUGUGGACGCCUUCCAUGCGUUGGUAUUGCGGUCUGUUCAUCAUUAUCAAGGCUAUUCUGGAUUACUCUAAAAGGAUCAUAGCUCCAGAUUACGAUGACGACGACCAACUAUGCCACUUCAUCGAGAAGUACGAGGUAUCCUGGUUUAGAUGUGAUUCCUGCUUCCCCAUUCGACUGGUAAAGUUCGACGUAUUAAGCAAGUACCGGUUACCGACAUUGAAAAUCCUUUUAUUUGGCGGCGCACAUUUUCAGAGAGAACUGCAGCAGUCUCUGGUGAAACUUUUACCGCACACCAGUGUCAUAUUGUGUUACGGAAUGACGGAUUACGGUGGAUUAUGCGCCCGUCAGACGAAAUAUAGUAAACCGGGCAGCUGUGGAUUUGUGUGCGAAACAGGACGGCUGAAGGUGGUCGAUCCUAGCACAGGAAGAAUCUUGGGGGCUAACAAAACCGGAGAAAUAUGGGCCAAAUCGUCGUACAUGAUGAAUGGAUACUACAACAACCCCGAGGCUACGAAGAAUGCUAUCGAUUCGGACGGAUGGUUACACACGGGCGAUCUAGGCUAUUAUGAUGACGAUGGCGAAAUCUUCCUCGUCGAUAGAAUAUCGGAAUUCAUCAACUAUAGAGCUAUCAAAAUAUCGCCUGCGGAAAUCGAAACUUUGAUUCAGCAACAUCCCGCAGUUCUCGAAGUUGCUGUGGUGGCAGUGCCGCAUGCUAUCGAGGAGGAACACGCUAUGGCUUUUGUCGCAAAAAUACCCGGCAAAGAGGCGACGGAGCUCGACAUAACCGACUUGGUGAAGCAGAACAUGCCGUGGUAUUGUAGAUUGCAUGCGGGAGUUAAAUUCAUGCAACGGCUGCCUCGCACGGCUACGGGAAAGAUCGCUAAGAAGGAACUCAAGCAGAUUGCUAAAAAUUAUGUAACAAAUUAAAAUUAUAAAGAUUGUCAAUAUUAUAUUUACAUAACUCUUUUGUAAGCAGUUUAUAAUAUAAUAUAAUUAUGCAAAAAAAAAAAAAAUUUUUUAAAUAUAUCUGAUAAUUUUUUCCGUGUAUUAUAAUAUAUAAUAAUAGUAUAUAAAAAUCAAAUAAUAUAAAUUCUUUGUGUAUGUUUUAUUUCUUAUAAAUUAAUUUAAUGUGAUCAAUGUUAUAGAGAAUUACCCUUUGUUUGCAAUUAAUAAAUAUAUAGAGUGUAGGUAUAUUGUAUUAUCGCGUAUCCUCGUGGUUUAUGCGUAUAUUGUUAGGUAAUUAUCGAUGAAAUAUGAUAUGAUAAUAUCAUGAUACGUUAAGAUAUGUGUAUCUCGUUUCAUAUUUAUAAUAAACCAAUUAAUAAAGCGGUACAAGGUAAUUAUAAAUAAUAUUUAUAAAAACAAGCAUUUUUUUUAUACUUAUAUAUGAAUCAGUUAUGUAUAUAAAAUACUAUUCAUGAAUAAUAAAAAAAAUAUAUUUUUUUUAUACAUCUUAAAAAAGUAAUAUAAUAGAAAAUUAAAUUAAAUAAAAAUAAAAAAAAUUUAAUAUUUA